AUGCCAUCCAAUGCUGUCAAUACUUCCAAUGAUGGCGCUUCCUUGUCACUGCGACUGUCAUGCGACCGAUGUCGGAUUCAAAAGUUGAAAUGCUCUGUGCCAACAGGAUCCAGCGACUGCCAGCGGUGCACGCGUGCAAGAGUUUCAUGCGUCUUCGGACGACGAGCUCCGUCAAAACGAACAAAUAAACCAAUCUACACGCCCACCGAGCUCACCACAUUCCUCCGGAUCGAUAAGCUCGGCCUCGGAAUCCUCCUUCGGCGCUGCCGGCAGCACCGGGGCCUCAAUCAUCUCGAGCAUGGCUCAUGGAAUUUCCAAGCCCCAUGGGAGAAUGCUUGUCUAGGUCUGCAGGGAGCUGGACCCAAUGUACCGGAAUACGAUACCGAUAUGCUGGGCUGUGACUGGAUCCAUUUGGGAACUGCUUUCGAUGAAGGAAAUUUGUUCGAGCUUGGCAACUCCGAUUUAACCCAAUGGUCGCAACUAGCAACAAACACAGCUGCGGCAAGCUGGCGGGGUGAUAGCUCGAUGUCAAUGGAUCCUCCGCCAAGCAAUGUCAAAAACAGCAGCGCCGUACAAACAAGCCAAAGAUUGACCACCCUUGUUUCAGAAAUCCAGCAGCAGCUGAGAAAGCUCGAAGAAGGACCUUGGCAUGCAGAUAGUGCUUGCAGCCUUGACGACUAUCCUGUUGGCACCAUCAUCGAACUGUCCCAGCAAUUCAGCGCCAUUGCUGGCCCUAUCCUUGGUAGCACAGUCUUUGGCGGUGGUGCGUUAGAGGUUCACCAUCCUGGUGAGCCCGAAAGAAAUAUAACCGACGCAGUAGCAGACACACCGACGAUGCUGCUUGUCAUGUGCGGAUACAUGUGGCUGGUUCGCACCUACGGUGUGGUCCUCGGUCAUUUCCACACGCAUUUGAAUGUCAUGCCCACCGGAUGCCUAGGGGAAACGACAGGGACGCGGACGCCAAUUGGUGGAAGUGGCACAAUCCCCAUUGGUUCAAUGACUGGAUCGGCCCUGAGACUGAGCGAGCUCCCUUGCACAGACACGGCACUUGGGCUGCAGCAGAUCCAUACGGCGGUGCGUUUAUUGUUUGAUGUAUUGCAUGAUAUCGAGAAUCACCUGGGCCGCGAGGCCGUAAUGGUUCGAGAUAUGGCGGUGGCUUUGCUUCUCCAGUCGGGCAAACUUCAGGAUAUCAGUUCUAAUGGGCUGGGGAAGAAAGCCACAGCAGUGAGGGAGCUUUUGCGGGAGAAGAUGGGUCUUUAA